GACGACAGUUUUGUCGUCUGCUCCUAUGCGGGCUUGAAGAAAUUAAUUGACAAAUUGAAGAAGGAUGUAAAAAUGUCUCGAAUGUACUUCAAUCAAGUGUCUUCACGAGAACUUUUUAAUGUUGGAAGAGAGAAAAGAAACAGUCAAAUCAGUGAAAACUCUUCUCAACAUUUAUAUCAAAACUCACAGAUAGAAUUUUCAGAGAAUUCCCAAGAUGCAACAUAUUCCCAGCCUCUUUCAGGAGAAAGCGGAUCACAGUCACAAGGAAGAAGAGUAUUUGACAGAUUUAUGACAAAAAGAACAAAUUCUGAGACAUCUUUCAAAUCUACGCCUGCAAAGCCAUCUAGUGGAUACAAUCCUGCAGUGUCACUACCAGUGAAGCAACAGAUAAGAUCAAACUUCCAGCAGCAAGUACUGAUGAAUAAAACAAAGGCUAAAGAAAGAGAUGAUAGAGAAAUGUAUGAAACAGUAGUUAACACUGUCAAAGAAUGUACAGAUGAAAUGAGAGGAAGCAUUAAGGUGUUUCAACAAAACAUAGAACAGAUGUCUGAUGUAUCUCAUGAGAAGUUUAGUGCUAUGACUAACUCGGUGUUUGAUGUUUUGAAUGAAAACUUCAAGAAAAUGAUUAAAACAAUGAAAGACAGAGAUCAAGACAUUAGCAAGAUGCUGGAUUUGGAAAAAGAAAUCAUUAUGAGAGAUGCUAAGAUAGAAGAACUUCAUAACAUGAUGGAAAAACAGCAGUCAGAGAAAGAAAACCAGCUUGUUGACAGUUUGAAAAGUGUAAUGACCUCACUUCACCAAGAAACUAUUGGUGACCUCAAGAAGAUUGGUGAUUCUGUGAUGCACAACACUAACAAUCAAUACCAGCUUACAGACAGUCACAAACAGCAAAAGGAUCUGAUGGAAAAACACUACCAUGAAUAUAAAAAUAUUCAGAGUAUGAGACAUGAGGAUAUUAAAAGAGGGGUAAUGAAUGAACUGCAACAGUUAAGACAGGAUUUAGAAAGUCACACAAGGCAGCUUGAAGAUUUUUACUGCAAGGAAUUAUCUACAACCCACUAUAAAGGUAUGAAAGAAAUUCAGUACCACAUAAGCACUGGAUUAGAAAAACAUACUCAUCAAAGUAGAGAUGAUUCAAGAGAAAUGUGUAACUAUCAAAUAAAUGAGAUUAAAAGUAUAUGUAAAUACCAACAAGAAGCUCAUAAAACUCUUUUGAAAACUCAAAUGCAAGAACAAGCUAUGAUUAGGAAGCUUGAAAAUGAACAAUUGGCAAAACAGAUUGAAAUGAUAACACUGAAGACAGUGAGUGAGAUCAGCAACAAACAAACUUCAGAUAGACAUACACAAAACAGUACCCCAAAUACAGUUAGGAAAGGUGUACAAGAGCAAUUGGAUCAAAUGUUUGAAAGAUACAAUGAAGAAUUUUCUAAAAUGAGAACCCAAGUGGAAACAGUGGCAGCCAGGAAGAAUUCUUUUACUGCAGAAUCAUCUAUUGAGCCAGCUUCUGAUGAAAGUUUAUUACAAAGAAAUCAGGAUAUAUGUUCCAAAGUUUCAACCAUAGAACCAAACAGAAAAAGUAAUAUAUUAUCAGAUAAUAAUAGAAAUUUACUUUAUAAUGAUAGUAACAAGAAAAACUUUACUUUUGUUUCACCAAGUUACAGGGGGGACAUGUGGAACACCAAAUCUUUGUUUUCUAAAACAAACCCUUCGCCUGUGGCAGCAGUUCUUCCUCAGCCUCAAAGUAAUGAGAACUUUGGAAACAAAAAACAAGUAGUCAGGGAGAAUAACAAGAAGAGUCGGAGAAAGAGAAAGGCACAUGGAGAGCCAUCAAGAAAAUCUCAGAGAUUAAACAGAAUGUGCAGUGAUGCAGACUAUGAUACCAGUGAUGCUUCUCAAACUUAUAGACUUUCUCAAGAUCUACAAGCAGUUGGAAAUCAUACUGAUAGAGAACAAAAUCAGCAGUUAUAUUCAAGUUCAUUAGCUAAAACCCAAAUGGAAAACAAUACAAUGUGCAUUGGAAGGCAACAAGGAAAACAAGUAGAUGUCAGAAAUACAAACAGCUCUGUAUUCAAACUCCCCCACUCCUCUCACAUAUCUCAUAAAGAUGCAGACCAUGGCUUUUGUAACUUUGUAUCAAACAGAAAUGAAAAUACAGGAGCAAAAGUUGCACCAUUCUCUUCAAACUCAAAUAGCAGAGAAAAGAAGUCAGCACAGUACGAAAAAGUACUUCCUGUAAGACCAACCACAUACUCCAGCAGCAACCUCAGAAGAUCCACUCCAAGUGUUGUAAGUUCUUUACAGCCCAUUAGGAGAUUUUCACAGCACAGGGAUAGCCAUAGCAUUAAAAGCCAUAUUAAACCAAACCACAAUUCUGGAUUAAAACAGAAAAAUGGGAGUGUUUAUGACUUCAAUGACUCCCCUGCUGGCAGUACAAGAACUGUAAAGGAGAUAAAACAAAGGGACAGAUAUACUUUAAACAGACAUGAAUCAGCUACUGAAAGUAGCAGAGAAUCAUCACCAUCUUUAUCCAUUACAAAAAUAAUGAUUCAGAGAAAAGUUAAAAAUAGAAAAAGACAACAUUCUAGCACUCCUCUUCAAAAAGAUGGAAUUCAAACUUUAUCUCAAAGAAAAGAAGAAAUGUCAGACGAUUUCUUUAGUACACCAAAUACAGAGGACAAUCCAAAUACUUCCGAUAACUGGGAAAGUCAAUCUGUGAUGUCUGGUUACAGUAGAAGAGGUGAGAAAAGGAAACUUGACAACUUCAAUCUUGGACAAGAAUUAUUUGCAAUCAAGAAAGCUUUUAAUGUUUAGAAUAACACAAGAAAAAUUAAAAAGUGCUAAUCUAACAACUUUUAAAAAAGUAUGAGCACAUCAGAAUAAUGAUCACAUAAAAGUCAAAGAAAACUUGUCAUUCUUUUUAUUUAUAUCUACUUUUAAUAAGUAAUAUUUUUUUUACUUGGUAGUGCGGGAUAAGAAUUUACAUAAAAAUUACAUGCUGCCUCUUUAACAUUGUAAGGGUUAAUAUAACAAAACUUGUCAAUGACUAUAAAAAUAUUGUUUAUAAAUAGUUAUUCUUUAUUAGGCUAGCUAUCAUUACAUUUUACAGAUAAACGUUCAUGAUAUAGCCUAUGUGAUGUUUUUUUUUUUACAAAAGAAAGAAUGUAUGUUUUGAUUCAAUUGUUAUAUUCAGUGAAUCUGUUGCUUAAUUUAGAGUGAUUAAAUCAGACAUGUUCAUAUGGCCAUGCAAAAUUGAGGCUCAUUUUGCAAAAAAAAUAAUAAAAGGAUUUUAUUUUUCAUUUAUGACAUUUUAAAGUAUUUAAUACUGUUUUUCAGUUAUUUUUUUUUUAAAUUUUAUUGUUUUGCAGAGUGACAAACUAGAUUGUUACAGUAUUUUUUUAUGAAUUACAAAAGCCAAUAAAUUUGUAAUCUCACUAUACGAUCAUCCUGAAGGUCAUCCCAAAGCCAAAUGGCUUGGUAUUAAUAUUAAUGUAAAUGUAUUGUGCAUAAGGGAAAUUAGCUACAGAAUGUGUAAUGACAUGCACAGAUAAUGGUAGAGAUACAAAUAUGGGAUUCGAAAAAAAAAAUUGACAAGUAACAUUAAUGAUCUUUAGUUGACAAAUUCUGUGAUAUUUUAAUAUGGACUUGUUCUGUGAUAUUUUGUUACUUAUUGUUACUGUUUGAUUAAAAUUGUUACAAAUUUA